AAAAAAAAAAAAACGUAACACAGGGCACUUCAAUUCUUAUUUUUAAUUUUAUCAUAUUUUAUUUUACUUUGUCAAGUUGGUCAGCAUUUCAUCCUUCUUUUUUCCCUUCGCUUAAUAUUUCACUCAAGAUGAUGAAUUCAGGCAAUUCGUUGUUACUCCGGUUGUUCAAGUCGGAGUUCUUUAAUGCUUGGAUUGCUGUGUCGUACCUUUAUAAAUACCCAGAUGCAGUUGGUAUACAACAUUACCUCUGUAAUGAGCUCAAAAGGUUUCCUUUGGAGGAAGUCGAGUUUUUCCUACCACAAUUGGUUCAUCUGUUGAUCAGCCGGCCAUCAGAGUCAGUCGCGCUGGAAAAUUUCAUUCUGGAUAGAUGUCAGAUAUCUUCUCACAUGGCCAUCCUUACGCUAUGGUACCUCCAAGCUUACACGUCAGAUCUUGCAGCAUCACCCAAUACACCAUCGUUCAAAUUGUGUAAACGUGUCUUCAACAAGUGUCAGGCAAUUGUCUUUGCAACCGAAACAUCAGAAGAGUACGAAGAUGUUUAUGGCAAGAACAGCAUCUCCAAAGUCAAAGAGAAUGCGUUUUCUGCCAUGGUGGGUAUGGGCGUCAUGUUGGCAGCAUUCGGUCAGCCUCUGAUGACCAAGAGUCCUGGUCAAUUGGCUUUGGCUCAAGGACGACGACCAAGAGCGUUCAGUGUAUCCGAUACCGUUGAUGACAAUGGCGCAGGGGAUAGUCAAGUUCAACCGCAACAAUUACAGCAACAUCAACCAGGGAAUCAGACAGAGUCUCAACAACCAACUAAUCCCACUAACAAUGUGGCUUCACACGAACGUGGCCGGUCCACGCCCGCUGGAGGCCACGUUGUCAAGAACGAUGCUGAUGUAGCUAUUUCACCUAAAUCAGCAACAGGAGAGCCUGGAUCCCCUCAUGCUUCAGUCCCAGGAAUGAACAUUACUGCACAGAGCAUUCAGCGCAACCAUUUUGUUUCCUCGCCAUCACUUGAAGACCUCCGAGGGGGUCAAGCAUUCAGACUGCGACGUGAUCGAUUCUCGAGCCCACGCCAUAGCCACGACACAGCUCCUUCUUCACCUGUCAGUCUGAAAUUCUCUGAUCAUGAUUCAAUUGAUGGACGAUCUUCAGCGGCAUCUCUGGAAUUGGCACGGCGCUCAUACUUUCACUCAGAAAUGCAGUUCUUAUUGGCAUUAGUUGAUAUUGCAACCAGACUUGUGAUCGUGCCUAAACCAGCGCGUUUAAGCGCCCUUCGGGCAGAACUCACAUUGUUGAACCACAACUUACCGGCUGAGAUUUGCAUUCCUCUUUGGUGCAAGGCCACAGUCGAAAAACCAUCACAUCACCGCGUUGUCCGUAUACCACCUCAGGAUGCUGUUGUUCUGAAUUCUGCUGACCGCGUGCCAUAUCUGCUACAAGUAGAGAUUUUGGAGACUGAUAUGAGUGUGGAAGAGAUUCGAGCCCAACGUAGAGAUCUUCAUGAGUCUGAGGAUGAAGGCGUUGAUCCCCAGGAGGAGAAGGCUCGUACAAAGGAAGUAGAAAUUAGCGAGGAUGGGGCUAUUAAACUCGAGGAUGCAAUCCCCACAAAUGAAAGCAGUGAGGGAGCAAAUAAAGACAGUUUUGGGCCAACAGUGGAAGAAGCUACAACCUCAUCUAGCACUACAAAUGGGCAGCCGACUGCGGAAGCGGUAUCACGACCGCCUGUGGGAUCACUUGCAGAUCUGGCUAUCUCCCCACCUGGGUCGCCGGUACCAAGCAGCCCUAUAAUAUCCACCGAUUCUACUGGAAGGAUGAAGAGUCCUGCUCCAUCAGCAGGUUCUGGUCGUCCAGUAACCCACUCGCGAUCAAACGAAGCUUACCUCCAAACAGUCUUGAGGCGGCGAGCAUCCAACAGUGCCGACGACUUUGCAGAAAAGAUGAGGACUGCUGCUGUGAUGUUGGCUCAACUGAGUCAACAACAGGCAGCACAACAGCCUGGUGCAGGCCCAAAUGGCACUUCAAGGAGUAAUUCACAAUCACGGUCGAGUAUCAAAGCUAAAGCUACUUCUGUGGAAGACAUUCGUGCGAAAAUAAUCAAAGAAAUGAUGGCAUUGGAGGAACAAAGGAUGCAAAGGAUGAAACUUGAGGGCGUCAGUAGUGGUGUUGGAGGGGGAGGUGGGGAAGGUGCUGGAAGCGAGAUGCUGGAGGAUGAGCGCAAAAUUAUGGCGAACGUCACCUCUGAUGAUCCGAGCGCGGCUGUCUUUGCUGAAGACUGGGAAACUAAAAUGAAUCGUAUUCGCGCGAAUUCUCCGUACGGCCAUUUGCCUUCGUGGCAACUAUUGUCUGUGAUUGUGAAACAAGGCGCAGAUCUGCGACAGGAGCAAUUGGCAUGUCAGUUGAUUCGUGAAAUGGGCUGGAUCUGGGAACGUGCCAAAGUGGAUGUCUGGAUUACAUAUAUGCGCAUUCUCGUGACCUCGGACAACUCUGGCUUGAUUGAGACGGUUCGCAACACUAUCUCUAUUCACUCGAUCAAAAAGGACGCAUACGCUCGCAGGCUGAAUGAAGUUGGGGUCGUGUUUACACUCUAUGACUACUUCCGACAGAAAUUCGGCGACCCAGCGAGUGAGAGAUAUAUUAAGGCUCAGGAUAAUUUCAUGCGAUCGUUGGCGGCAUAUUCUGUAAUCACCUAUGUUCUUCAGAUCAGGGAUCGCCACAAUGGCAAUAUCUUGCUAGACACAGAAGGACACAUCAUUCAUAUUGAUUUCGGCUUUAUGCUCUCGAAUUCUCCAGGAUCUGUGGGCUUUGAGUUGGCACCGUUCAAGUUACCACAGGAAUAUUUGGAUGUACUUGGAGGCGUCAACAGUGAAAAGUUUGCAGAGUUCAAAGUCUUACUGAAGAAAGCAUUCAUGGCGAUUCGAAAGCAUACAGAAAACAUUGUGCUUUUAAUUGAUAUGAUGUCCAAAGAUUCUAAACUACCUUGUUUCCAGUAUGGUGACAAUGCAGCACAGGCAGUUCGAGACCGCCUGGUCUUGAAUUUGACAGAAGUGCAGGCGGAAGAGUUUGUAGAAAAGUUGAUCAUGAGCAGUUGUUGCAAUGUGUUUACGCGACUAUAUGAUACAUUCCAAUAUUAUUCGAAUGGAAUUUUAUAAUAAAAAAAUAAGGAACAUCAGAACACAAGAAUAGAAGAAAAAAAAUUUAUAAAUGGCA